AUGAGCAUAUAUGCAUGUCAGAAUGAUCACGGGAGUUAUGCUCUUAAUGGCACAUCUGUCACUACCAGUGCGGCUACUAAGACUGUAAACAGUAAUUAUAUGACGUUGGAGGGGUCACUGCAUACUGAAUCUGUUUCAUCACAAACCGAAGCGACGGGUGUAGUAUGGCAUUCCAGCACGACGGCGAACAAUUUUUUUGAAGGAUUCGGUCCACAGCAUUCAGUAUUAACUCGAAGUAGUCUUUUGGAAACUUCUUUGCAGCAUUCAAUCGUAUCGGAUUUUUCUCUAUCUCAGACUGAUUCAUUUCAUCUCAAUGUCCCUGUGCAUGAAGAUGAAGAACGAGUAGGAUCGAUUGUGGAUGCUUCCAGUGGAAAGACAGGAUAUGAAGAGCAAACGGAGGAAGCUCCACCUUCAACAAGUUCCGAGCUUGCUGACCGAGGUGAUUCGGAUGAAGAUGGCGAGAUUGAUAUCCAAAUCCGAAAUGUUGUUUGUAAUUAUACACUUCCACUGCAUAUUGAUUUGCAUCGCGUAGCUUUAAAUUCCGGCAAUGUCGCAUUUGACCGAGGUCGAGGAGUUUUGUUGAAGCAGAAGAGAAAUCCUUCGUGUUACGUUAAAAUAUACAGUUCUGGAAAAAUUUAUAUUGUCGGAUGCCGCAGCGAAAGUGAAUGCAAACGUGCUGCCAGAGGUGUUGCGCGCAUGGUCCAAAAAACCAUGGGUAAGAUGAUGGACGUUGUUCGAAUUCGGAAUUAUCGCGUUUGUAACGUGCUUGCAACUUGUAAAAUGCCUUUUGGUGUAAAAAUUGAAGAACUAGCGCAGAAAUAUCCAGAUUGUUCUCAAUACGAACCAGAAUUAUCAGUUGGCCUCAUAUGGCGUUCCACAAAUCCUCGAGCCACACUUCGAAUUCAUACAACCGGCAGCAUUACUGUCACUGGCGCUGCAUCUGAAAGUGAUGUAAUGAAAGCAGUUGAAGUGAUUUAUCCAAUUGUUAAAGAAUUUCGGUGUGCUUUACGCUUGCGUAAUUCCGCUAUUUCGAAGCCCUCACGUAAGAGGAAGCAUGGGUCAUCUAAUAAUGCCAACAAAAGACCUCAUGCUAUGCAGCCUGGUUUACAUGGAUUGCAGCGGUUCCCGGCUUCCUCCGGAGUUUUUGGGAAUCGGAUUUACUUCAGUGAUGAAGAUGAUGAAGAAGAGGAUGAGUUUGAAGACGUGGUCUGA